UUAACACUUACUUGGCGCAGGACUUUGCUCCUCUCACACCAAAAAGUGUCAAAAAUUUUUGUUUUCACGAUUUUUCCAUGUUGCAAUUAGAAUUUUCUGAUUUAUUUUUAGAGUAAAUAAUAUAAAUAAAUUAAAAAAAAUAACUGAAAACGAAACAAGAACUUAAUCAACGAAACUGAACGAAAGAAUAUAAAACAAACUGAAAUUGUAACAAAGAAAGCAGCAGCAGCAGGAAAAUGUUAAAACGUUUGCAGUUCAUAAAGCCGGUCAUUGACCAGAACAUACGACAAAAGUUAUGUUAUUCGAAAAUAGUCAGCACUGGCCAGGAUAUGCGUCCAGCGGCUAAGGGUAAAAUAAAUCUCGAAACACCCACAGUGAUCACACAAUUAGAUCGUAAAUUUAAGGAGGGUGAAAAAUAUGAAGGCUUUGAAUGUGUACGCACUGAACAUGUACCCGAAUUUGGUAUAAUGUCCUAUACCUUCCGUCACUUGGUCACUGGUACAGAAUUGUGGUAUUUGGAUCGUAAUGAUGCCAACAAUGUAUUUUCUGUUAAUUUCCGCACAACUCCUUUUGAUUCGACUGGUUUACCGCACAUUUUGGAACAUAGUGUGUUGUGCGGUUCGAAAAAGUAUCCUGUUAGAGAUCCAUUCUUUAAAAUGCUCAAUCGUUCGGUGGCUACAUUUAUGAAUGCUAUGACCGGUCCGGACUAUACUAUGUAUCCUUUCUCCUCAAUGAACGAGACUGAUUUUAGAAAUUUGCAGAAAAUCUAUUUGGAUGCUGUGUUCAGACCCAAUUUAGAAUAUUUAGAUUUUCUACAAGAAGGCUGGCGUCUUGAACAUUCCAAUCUAAAGGACAAAGAGUCAGAAUAUGUUAUCAAGGGUGUGGUAUAUAAUGAAAUGAAGGGAGCCUUUUCGGAAAAUGCCUCUGUGUUUGGUCAAAAUCUGCUCAAUAAUCUAUUACCCGAUCAUACCUAUGGCUAUGUUUCGGGUGGCAAUCCCUUGGAAAUACCCAAAUUAACUCAUGCCAAUCUAGUUGAUUUUCAUCGCAAAUAUUAUCAUCCCAGUAAUGCUCGCAUCUAUACCUAUGGCUCUUUUGAUUUAAUCAAAACAUUGUCAUAUGUCGAUAAGGAGUAUUUGAGUAAAUAUGAACAUAUUGAUAACUCCUACAGUCGUAUACCAAAUCAGCCAAGAUGGGAUAAACCACGUAAUGUACAUAUCUCUAGUCGUUUUGAUAAUAUGGGAGCACCAUUCGAGAAACAAAAUCAAAUAGCUAUUGCUUUGCUUAUGUCCGAUGUUACCGAUAUACAAGAGACAUUUGUGUUGUAUGUUUUGUCGGAGCUAUUGGUAAGAGGUCCUAACUCGCCCUUCUAUCGCAAUUGGAUAGAACCUAAUUUCUCGGGUGGUUAUAAUCAGACAACCGGUUUUGAUCCACAAAUUAAGGAUACCUUCUUCUGUGUGGGUUUGCAAGAUUUGAGAGUAGAAGAUUUUGGUCGAGCACAAGAAUUAUAUGAUGCCACCAUUAAGGAGGUUAUGGAAAAGGGUUUCGAUAAGCAACAUAUCGAAAGUGUUUUGCAUAAUAUUGAGUUGUCUUUGAAACACCAAUCGCCACAAUUUGGUUUGGGUCUAUUGUUCAAUUCAACACCCUUGUGGAAUCAUGAGGGUGAUGUGGUAGAGAAUUUAAGAGUUUCUAAUAUGAUUUCUCAAUUCCGCUCACAAUUGCAACAGGAUCCUCAUUAUUUACAAAAGAAAGUCGGCCAGUAUUUUGCCAAUAAUACUCAUAGAUUAACCUUAACCAUGUCACCGGAUGAUACCUAUGAAGAUAAUUUCAAAACUGCUGAGUUGGAAUUGUUAAAACAAAAAAUCAUGUCUUUGGAUCAUGAGAAAAGAACAAAAAUCUAUGAAAAUGGUUUAAAAUUGGAAGAAGCACAAAAGGCCAUACCUAAUGUUGAUAUAUUGCCUUGUCUUAAGUUAACAGAUGUGCAGGAAGCUGCCAAAUUGGAACCUCUGGAGGUGGUGAAAAUAAAGGAGGUGCCCACACAGGUGUGCAAUGUACAAACCAAUGAAAUUUCCUAUUUCAAAUGUUACUUUGAUGGCACCACCUUGAGCCAAGAGGAAAUGCUUUUAAUACCGCUUUUCUGCAAUAUAAUCAACGAUAUGGGCACUAAGAAUUAUGACUACAGAGAUUUCGAUAAACUUGUGCUCUCCAAGACUGCUGGCAUUAACUUUAAACUACAUUUUGCUGAAAAUAUCUACGACAGCAAAACCUAUAAUUUGGGUAUACUAAUGACCACUCAUGCUUUGGAUAAAAAUGUUCCCGAUAUGUUCGAUUUAAGCAAAGAACUUUUAAUGAAUUACAAAAUGGACGAUGAGGAACGUGUUAAAAUGUUAAUAGACAACUAUAUGUCCAGCAUAGCUGUGGGCAUAGCCAAUUCAGGUCAUUUAUAUGCUAUGCAAUCUUGUGCUGGUCUUGUUACUGAUUCGGCUAGACUAAAGUCUUUGUUGGCUGGUGUUGAGCAUAUAGAGCAUAUGAAACAAUAUGUUAAGAAUCAUAGUACACAACAAAUCAUGGAUAAUUUAAAGUUAUUGGGUCAAAAAUUAUUCAAUAAAAAGUCCAUGCGCACAGCUGUCAAUAUUUCCGAUGAAUUUUAUCCAGAGUUUAUCAAGCAUUACGAACAGUUCCUUAAUGAUUUGCCCGAACAUGCUGUGGAAAAGGUAGAGAAUAAGGUACAACUUUUAGAGCCCAGUUGUCAACAUUUUGUUAUGAACAUACCAGUAAACUAUUGUGCCAAGGCCAUGUUUACCGUACCCUAUACACACCGUGAUCAUCCUACUCUCAGAGUUUUAGCCAAACUCAUUUCAGCCAAAUAUCUAUUGCCGGUAGUUAGAGAACAAAAUGGUGCUUAUGGUGCUGGUGCUAAAUUGGGCUCUGAUGGCAUAUUUAGUUUUUUCAGUUACCGUGAUCCUAAUUCAACAAAAACACUCGAAGCCUUUGAUAACACCUAUCAAUGGCUGCAAGAGAACAAUUCUCAAAUAACUGAACAAACUUUAUUUGAAGCCAAAUUGGGUGUCUUACAGCAAUUAGAUGCUCCCAUAGCACCCGGCAAUAUGGGUAUAGACUUCUUUUUGUAUGGCGUUUCACAGGAAAUGUUUAUGAAAUAUCGUUCUCGUAUGCUGGCCGUUACCAUGAACGAAUUGCAACAAGUGGUGGAGAAAUACUUUAAAACAGCGCCCGCCUAUUAUGGUAAAUGUAUAUUGGGACCGGAAAAUAAAGAAUUGGAAACUGUUACCAAAUUAAAAUGGAAGACUAUUCAAUAAACCCUUUAACUUAUACUAUGAUGUAAUUUUAAACUUUCCUUUUCUUAUGAUUUUGUUUCACUGUAAAUCCCUCAGUCGUAGUGAUCAAUUUUGUAAAAA